AUGAUACGAUUAUUACACGUCAUUUUCUUCUUGUGUUUUGUUGCGAUUGCAUGUGCUGGUGCUGUCAACGAGACUGAAUUUAACACGGUGAAUGUCUGUGGAGAUGGUAAAUGGGAUGGGUACUAUGAGCAGUGUGAUAGCACUCCUGGGUGCACGAAGUCAUGUUUGUGUGAUCUUGGAUACACCCCAGAUCCCGAGACUGGGUUAUGUAAAAUGAGUUGCAUCUAUGGUGAUGCUUGUGAGACUGGCUGUUUGAAGCCAGAUACCUGUGAGAUCUGUAAUGUCGACAAAGGGUAUGCAGCUGAUUGUCAAGGGUGUAAAGAUGGGUAUAUGUGGUUUGGAGAAGGCAAUUGUAAAGAAAUGCCUUUAAACACGACAUUUUUGUCGUGUGGACUUUUCUUCAAAGAACUCUGGAAUAACUCUGCUGUAUCUGAAAAGGAAAGAAAUAAUUUCAAUUUAGUAAUUGGAAGUGAUCAGUUCGAUAAAGAAGGCAAAGUCUCAAUUCCUUUGUUGCCAGACAAUAUUAAGAGUCGACUUCAAGUCACCAGAUGCUCUCGAUUGGUUGAACCAACAAAGCCAUAUACCUAUGGUGUUUGGAUACGAAUACAAUCAGACAAGAAGCAAUAUGUCUCUAUUGAAUUGGAUAAGAAGUAUUCGAGAGAAGAACUGAUAUUAGCAUCAACUCAACAAAAGAAGGUGGGGAACUCAAGAGGGAUGGUAGUACAAGAGGAGUGUCCUUCUACAAUAGACAUCAGUCAGUCUGUAUAUUGUGUCUAUAGAAAUGGUGGGUAUUCCAAAUAUGUCCAAUCACCAAGAAUAGUUACUUCUAUGGAAGCCGGAGCAAUCCAAUAUAUCUUUGUCCAUUCAAAAUACGCUGCUGAGGAAGUGGGAUCUUUUGAUAUCUUCAUUAACCCAAUUGUCCACGCGUGUUCGUCGAGUUAUAGUGACGUUGAGUGGAAUGAGAUGGCAAGCUCGUCAUUUACAACGUCUUUGAAUUUGCAGUACUCUAUUCUGUCUACUUCUGUGUGCUCUAUUGACCUCGUGAAAGGAUUUUGGUUCAAAAUCCCGGGCGCUGAUGAGACUUUAGAAUUCUCGACAUGCAACUCUGCGUCUGAAUAUGAUAUCAACUUGGACUUGUUAAGAGUCAAGUUGGAAAGUUAUGAGGGGCUGAAUACCACAACUACUGAUUUUACUAUGGUCAACUGUGAUGAUGCAUCAAAGGCUGAAUGUGUCAGGACAAGAACAGACGGAUGCAGUUCUACGUCUCGACUUGCUCGUAUGGUAGCUUCGUUGAGCCAUGAGUACGUCUAUUUCUUGUUUGUUGGGAUCAAUGAAGAGUACUCCGCAACCAUCCAAUUGGAUAUCAAAACGACUUGUCCGCAGAACUGUGGAAGUAAUGGUAUUUGCUCUGCAUAUUCCGGGAAGUGUGAGUGUCUUGAGGGGUUCGUUCUUAAGGACAGUGUCUGCACAAAAUGUGGGAAUGGUGUAUUAGAUGAGAACGAAGACUGCGAUUUGUCAGUACCUGGCUAUAUUGAUCCGAAGUGUGAUUCUACUUGUAACUGCAAAUUUGGACAUGAACCAAAAAGUAUUGGAGGAGUGACAAAGUGUGCUGUACCAACUUGUGACAACAAGCAGAUGGAUGAAUACGAACAGUGUGAUGGUGGGUUUGGAUGUGACCACUGUGUCUGUGUCAAUGGCACCAAGAAAUACGCAAAAGCGAGAUUUGACUGUAUGUUGGCGACUUGUGGUAAUAAGAAGUGGGAUAAAGGAGAAGAAUGUGAUGGUGGAGAUGGGUGUGUAGAGUGUGAAUGUCAGCCAGAUUGGUUUAGUCAAAACCAAGCUGAUUGUACACGACUUUCGUACUCAUUAAGGAACUUUUUAUUCUGGGGUAUUGGGUGUAUAGCAUAUCUUUUGUUAUACCUCUUAUUGUUGUUCUUGAUAGUCAUUUUAUACAUCAAGUUAACUGGUAAGAUCAAGAAGGAGUUGGAUGAUGAGAAGUUGGUCAUCUUUGAAAACACCAUCAUUCCAUUUGAUAAGACCAACUCGCAGUAUAUCGACUUGAGACAAGAGAACCCAUACUUCACUUUCUCGUCGAAUAACAUCGACUUUGGGGAUACAAGGCCUGAAAUUAAUGAGCCAGUCACAACGGAUAUUACACUCACAAACAACUGGAAGGAGAACAUGCACUUUACAUUCCACUCUGGUGACUUUGUGAAGUACGAAAUCAUGUGUAAACCAUUCACUGGGACUAUCAAGCCAAAAGAACAAGUCAAGUUAUCAAUUACUUUCAUGGCAAAGUGCACUACCAUUUUGAACGAGAAGGUCCCAAUUACUCUGAGAUAUGGACAACUCCAAAACAUCAUGAAAGACAUCAAGAAGGAGAAUCCAAAUUUAAUUGCACACGCUUCACAAUCCUCACAAAACUCCGAGAGUGAUAACAAAUCCAAAUCAUCGGGAGCUGGAUCCAACAAGAAUAGUCACCCGUCACAUCCAAGUAAUAACCCCUCCAAUCCAUCGAAAAGCACUCCAAGUGGCUCAGGCAAAAGUGACUCCGACGACUCAAAGAAGAAGAAGAAAGGGAAGUCUAAAGUGUCCAAAUUCCAUGUCUACUUGAACUUACAAGUCGAGUCUGCGUUGUCCACUAAACUUGAUUAUGAAGAAAUUCACUUGCAACACCCCCCUAUUGGAGGUGGAACAUUUGGUAUCGUCUACAGAGCGGAGUGGAGACGAGUCGAUGUUGCCGUCAAGGUCAUGAAGACUGAUUUGGUUGGUUUGGCUGAGUUGUUACCAAACUUCAUGCAAGAGGCUGAGAUGAUGGAGCGUAUCAGAUGUCCAUACAUUGUCAAUUUCAUUGGAAGUGUCGUGACGACUGAUACGUUGUGUUUAGUCACUGAAUUCUGUCCACUUGCUUCUUUAAGAAAAUUCAUGAAGGUCAACGCUAUGACUGAUUUACUCAAAGUCCGAUUCUGUCAAGAUAUUGCAAAGGGUAUGGAGUACUUGCACCACAACGACAUUUUACACAGAGAUUUGAAGACAGACAAUGUGUUGGUCUACUCGAAGAAUCCACACGACCCAAUCACCGCUAAAGUCACUGAUUUUGGUACCUCAAGAUCAUUCAUUGAAUCGUCUGGGAAGAUCGAAUUGCAGAACAUUGGUACUCCAGUCUACAUGGCGCCUGAAAUUAAUAAGAAGGAUCAGAUGACAUUAAAGAGUGAUGUCUACUCAUUCGCUAUUUGUAUGUUGGAAAUCUGGUUGGGGAGAGACCCAUACGAUCCAGCCAAAUUCCCCGAUUCGGAGUCUAUUCUCAGAUUUGUCGGUGCGUCUAAAAGACUUGAAAUUGCAGACGACUGUCUCUUCAAGAAUAUCAUUCAACAAAGUUGGAAGAACAAACCAACUGAAAGACCGACAUUCAAGGAAAUUGGUACUGCACUGGACUCCAUUCAGAAGAAGUUGAACGACGCCUCAAAAUCAGACUCAAAGAAGGAUCACUCCGGUUCAACUGGGACGGGAACAAAUACCAAAGACAAGAGUGUCUCGUCUUCUGAGAAGAAGAACACUCAAGAGAAUACAGACAACACCAAUACUAAUACUAAUACCAACACUCAGGAAGAAAGUAUUGAAGCUUCAGUCUCUUCACAAGUUGCUGGUGAUGAAGAGUAA